AUGUCUCAACAACAAACCAAAAACUGUAUUACACUUCGUGGAUCUGCUCAAAUCAUCUGUGAAUAUUUAAAGUUCGCCAUAAACUCAGUAUUGUUCCAAAGAGGUUUAUAUCCACCUGAAAACUUCAAAGCUGAGCAACAAUACGGCAUUACAUUAUUGAUAUCGGAAGAUCCACAAAUUAAGAGCUUUUUAACUAAUCUUCUCACCCAGAGUGAAGAAUGGAUUGUCAACAAAAAAGUAAGCAAAUUAUCUCUAGUUAUCCUCAAUGUAGCCAAUAAAGAAGUACUUGAAUGCUGGGAUUUCAACGUCCAGUAUGAAGACGGUGACAUUGCAUUAUCAAAAGAAAAGAACGAAACUGUGAGUAGUAAAGAUCUGAAAAAAAUCCAGCAGGAAAUCAGAGAUGUCAUGUUGCAAGUAGCCGCUACUAUAUCAUACCUACCAUUCUUAGAUUGUCGAUGUUCUUUUGAUGUGUUAGUUCAUGCAAAAACGGACUGCGAUGUGCCUGAAAAAUGGGCAGAGGCUGAACCAAUAUCCAUAACAAACGCACAAAAUGUUCAACUGAAGUCAUUCUCUACAAAUCUACAUAAAAUGGAAACCGUUGUCAGCUAUAAGCUUGUAGAUUAA